AUGGCCGCCGUCGACCCGACAUACCCUCUCUACCCCAUUGCUUGCUUCCUAGCGGCGGCAAUGCUACUCCUUGUAAUUUUGUCAAGUUUCAUUCGGCAAAGCUGGAACCUUGGCGUCGCAUUUUUGUGGUUCUGGCUCUUUCUCGAGAACCUGGUCCAUGGCAUCAACACUAUCAUAUGGUCGGAUAACGCCGACAUCAAGCUAUACGUUUAUUGUGAUAUCGUUUCGCAUCUCACCUUGAUCACUUCAGUUGUCAAGCCUAUGGCGACCUUGAUCAUAUCGCGCCGGCUAUAUUUGAUCACUCGUCUACAGUCUGUAGAACUCCCCAACAGAGCUGCGAAACGCAAAGAACUCGCGAUAGAGUGGACACUUGGUUUUGUCAUUCCUCUCGUUGUUGCAGGACCCCUCUACUACGUAGUUCAGGACUACCGAUUUAUAGUCCAGGAGGGUUUUGGAUGUGAUAAUUCUUCCGACGGUUCAAUACUCGAAAUAUUCCUUCUCGAUUCAUGGAGUGUAAUCGCACCCCUGGUAUCCAUUGCUAUCUACUAUCCUCAUGUUGCUCGGAUCUUCUGCCGACAGAGUCGGGACAUCAACCACUUCUUACAGAGUAACGAUUCUGUGUCCCGGACAAACUACUUUCGCAUACUCGCUCUAGCCAGCAUCGAUAUUCUACUCACUUUGCCCGUCGGUAUCGCGACUAUCGUCUUGGAUGUGGAAAAUAAUUUGUCUUUCGGUCCCAUCCCAUUCUACUAUGGUUGGACCUACGAUCACACGGACUGGCAACCAGAAAGCCUAUCCUACGCAGGUAUAGUGGCGCAAGGGACUGCCGGUGUAGCACAGGACUACUUCAUUCAAUGGACAUCGCCCGUUCUCGCAUUCACCAUCUUCGCCCUCUUCGGCGUCACCUCGGAAGCCCGCGCAUCAUACUGGCGCAUCAUCUGCACCAUAGGCGGCUGGUUCGGCUGGAAACCGAUACCUCGAGCGCGCAGGGCGCGUUCACCGCUUGGAGACAUCGAGUUCGGUCCGCGACCUGCUCAGAACUCAAUGUCGCUCGGUCUCGAUUCGAAUCCGAGCUUCAUCAAUCGCAACGCACAGACGCAGGAACGUACACCGGGAGAGGUCGAGAGUGGCGCGGACAAAGAGAUCGAAGAGGUUCGUCGGUCCACCGACGGCGCAGUUAGAGACGCCGAGCAUCAGUCUGGAUAUCAGGAGACGCACCUCUCCGAAACAGACGUAGACGCCUCGAGCGCCGUGUGA